CCGCCCCCACUCCGCCAGCCAGGUGGUCAGGAGAUCGCGGGCGGCGGUGGUCACGUGGACCGGGCGGGCGCGCCCGAGCUGGCCAUGGCGGCCACGGUGACCGGUGUGGUGAGGCGGGUGGAAGAGCUCGGGGACCUGGCCCAGGCACAUAUACAGCAUCUUAGCGAAGCCGCAGGGGAAGACGAUCACUUUUUAAUUCGGGCCUCUGCAGCUCUAGAAAAAUUAAAGCUUUUAUGUGGAGAAGAGAAGGAAUGUUCAAAUCCAUCAAAUCUUUUGGAACUAUAUACACAGGCCAUAUUAGACAUGACAUAUUUUGAGGAAAAUAAGCUCGUAGAUGAAGAUUUUCCUGAAGACUCUUCUCCCCAGAAAGUGAAAGAGUUGCUCACUUUUCUUUCAGAACCAGAAAUUUUAGUUAAAGAAAACAACAUGCAUCCCAAACUGUGCAAUUUGCUUGGGGAUGAGCUCCUGGAAUGCCUCUCUUGGCGACGAGGGGCCCUGUUAUAUAUGUAUUGUCAUUCUCUGACUAAGAGAAGGGAGUGGCUACUGAGAAAAUCUAAUUUGCUUCAAAAGUACCUUGUUGAUGGGAUCAAUUACUUGCUGCAGAUGCUAAAUUACCGUUGCCCUAUACAGUUAAAUGAAGGUGUGUCUUUCCAAGACCUAGACACAGCUAAAUUACUGAGUACAGGAAUAUUUAGUGAUAUCCAUGUGCUGGCUAUGAUGUACAGUGGAGAAAUGUGCUACUGGGGGUUGAAGCACUGUACAGAUCAACAGUCAGAGCAUCAUGCAGUUGACACUGAUGUAUUUGGAGCAAGCUGCACCACCCACAAAGAACCCUUGGAUUUCCGAGAAGUAGGAGAAAAAAUUUUGAAGAAGUACGUGUCGGUGUGUGAAGGACCCUUGAAGGAGCAGGAGUGGAACACAACAAAUGCAAAGCAGAUCUUAAGCUUCUUCCAGCAGCGCUGUAGCUAGGUGUUCACCCAAUCCUCAAAACUCAAAAGGAGAUCGCUGAGAUGGAAAGGAGGGCUUCAGAAAAGGAGAUGAACUACACUGAUCUCAAGAAUAUUAUACUAUAUAAAGAUGCCCGAGGUGGCUACUCUUCUCUAAUGUUGUCACCUUUCAUUGCAUAGUCUUAAACCUGUGAAGAAAGUAUUCUUUAAUUUCUAAAAUACAUUUAUGUUAUUCUAACUGAACUUGAACUACGUAUAAUCCUGCCACUGGUAAGGAGGAACACAAUGUACAGUGACAGUUGUCUUCUAAUAUUUUAGGUUAUAUUUUCAUUGUAAAAUAUAUGCAACAAAAAAAUCUCCUUAUUUUGAAGUAUGCAUACUUCAGAGAUGAAAAUCAGUUGUUCUACUUGUUUCAGAUAUGUACUAUGGAUAUAAAUAUAGGCAAUUGAAAGAUUAUGACUAAUAUUUAAAUUUCAUUUUCAGUAAGCUAAACAACAAAAGAUCUUAAAAAAUGAAUCUUACUUAUUUUGCCACAAAUUACUAAUAAUACUUAAAUUAUUUACUUAUCCAUUCCAUAAAUUAUUUUUUUAUUUUGUUUAAAACAAAAACUGCUUGGUUUCUCCAAAAAUGAAGUUAAAAAUCAGUGUACAUGAGUCUAUCAUUCGUUCAGGUGCUUUUAGGGCACAUCUUUGCAUAUAAUGAACGUUACAUAUGUUUUGACUUUAGCAGGAUUGAAAUGCUGAAGGUCAACGGGCCUAGUUUGCUAUCUUGCUCACUGUUCUUCUGCCUACCUCAAAUCUUGUCACAUUGUAAUGGUUUGUAUGUCUUCUGAUGCACCAGACUUGUGUCCCGGUAACAUUUUCACACUCCAGUACUUCCUGUGACUGCGCCUAAACAUCAGCCAUGAUCACCUUCUCUUUCUGAAUUGUAAAUUUCAGUAACUGAUGACAAUCCUCACCUUCCUAGCAUUUACAUAUUCCUUGUUUUUAUUGCUUUUUCUUUAUUUUCAUUUUACAGCUUCCAACCUUUUCACAGGCUUUUCUUGACUGUUGUCCCAACUCUUGAACAGCAAGGCUCUUUUAUGCUUUUUUUGUCCCGAAGUUCAUG